UCCAUUUUACUUUUGGGGUUUUAAUGGUGUUGUAAUGUAUUUCCUUGCUUGUAGAAGUGUAAAUAUAUAUUAGCUAGCCCUGUAGAAUCGUUCAUAGCAACUUGCCCUAUGUAUGAAGGUUACACACUAUGCUUACAACCAGGAUUAUGUUAUAUAGAGAGGACUACCUUCAUAAUCCCAUUACUGCAAACACGCCAACAUUCUCAAACAUGAGAAUGGUUACCGCAGCUUCCAUCAUGUGCAUUUGCCUCAUCGUCCACGUUGUUCUCUUAGCAACCACGGCGGUCGCCAGGACCACCACGACCUUCCCCACGUCCGACGUCACCAACGCCACGGCGGCGGCCAACAGCAACACCGCAAACGGCGUCGAGUCCCCUGCAGCGACGGCAGCGCUCAACAGCUCGGAUCAGUACAUCUGCUACCUCUGCCGCCAGCGUAACACCCUGAUGAUGAAGUGGUGUCCCCUCUACAAGGACGACUGCCACCUCGCAUGCCUGUCCUCCACGUCCCCUAUCCGCCACCCCCAGCUGUACCCCGCCGCCGACGUCGAAGGUAGGAAGAGCACGCUGGGAACCGGCCCUGGCGGCUCGAACGUCGACGACUGCUACGUCAUGAAGCUGUACCCGGAUGGCAGGUGGGUCAUAACCGUCGCGGUCAGCUGCAAGGCGGUGGCGGGCUGCUACCUCGUGUGCAGCCAUGGAGACGCGGCGCUUGGGAGCAGAGCCGACGACACCACCCCGGCCUUGGCCAGGGGGUCGCCGUUGCCCGGCGCCUCCGAAUUCCAGCGGUGCGGCGAUCAGUUCCCGGCGCGCGCGGCAGGCAACGGCGUCUAAGGCUCUAAACCACGGCCAUAUGAUUCGGUUUAGAUGGUUUCUAUCGGCUUAAGCGAGAUUUAAGCAUCCAGUUUCUCGCGGGGCAGACAAGAAAAAUUCUUCCAUCGCAGUUCUAAUUAAUCAUGAGUCCGUGGUUUGUUUUCGAUCGCCUCUCCUCGUUUUGUGGCAGAAAGCAACUCGGCGACUCGGUGAUUUGUUUUUCCGGAUAUGGCUGUGGCACACACUGUUUAAGUUCAACAGCAUCUAUUGCCUUCUGAGCUAAGGUGAGUAGGUGACCAUGCAUGAAUUCGGGCCGGUUUACUGCUUGGAGUUUUCUCACAGGUCUCCUGGUCGGUCGAUUCA